AUGCCCACUACCCUGAGACCAGCAAAACCAAAGAAAUGUCAGAGAGCCUGCGAGCGAUGUCGGUCAAUGAAAGUCAAGUGCUCGGGCUCCAGUCCAUGCACAAGAUGUGCCCGCAAGAAGAAGCACUGCCACUUCCCAGUAGAGGAGGUACGGGUCUCUGUGUCAGAACGAUACCUGCGAGAGCUUGAAGAGCAAAUAUCUAGAAGUGGAGCAUCUGCACGACAUGCAAAUACAGAAGUGAAUGCUUUGAGUGAUCCUAUAUUUACGGGUGAUGGGCAUGUCGAUAUUGCCUCCACUCCCCACCCAUUGCUAGAACCCCAUCAAGAUACUCGAUGGAGAAGUAACGAAAAUGCAUUGGGUGUCGCUGUACAUACGCCAGAGACUCCCUGCAGGGAGCAAGGAAGCCCUGGAGUCGAGCAUGACAUCCAAGGAUCCCGGUUUUCACUCAAUCCUCUGGUUGACAGAGACCCAUCUUUUGCACAGACACCAGAUGGUAGAUUUUGGUACAUGGGACCGACAUCUUCGUGGUCCUUUUGUCGUCGAGUACUUGCUCUCAUAGGAAGAAAUGUGCCCGAGUCGAGCUUCCAGUCUGAUCCUUUCCAUAUUGAUGGAACAGCGUUCAGGUUGCGCUGGCGACCAUUCCCACCAGAUGAAGUACCUGAUGUCACGAACUUACCUCCAUUGGACUAUGCACUUUUCUUAUUCAACACAGUUAAAUUCUACUUUGGAUUUCUAUCUUUUAUGAUUGACGAACCAGCUUAUCUACGAGAGCUACAUGAAUUCUAUAAGGAUCCUGCAGCAAAGGCUGCUUCUUCCAGGCCCUGGUAUUGCCAAUACCUGCUAGUCCUCGCUUUUGGAAAGGCAUUCCUGACUCAGAAGAACUCCUCUGGAGCACCACCUGGUCAUCAAUAUGCUUCGCGGGCUAUGGCUAUCUUGCCCGAUCUAUCAGGAGGCAUCGACGAUGAUCCACUAUCCUGCAUCCAGGCACUUAGCCUCGGGGCAGUAUAUCUGCAGUCAAUUGAUAUGAGAAGAGCGGCUUUUCAACAUAUUGGACAAGCCUUACGUGGUUGCAUCAUCGAAGGCAUACACAGACAUGUUCCUGAAGAAAUAUGUGGGCCCGAACUAUCCCAAAGAUGCAGAACAAUCUUCUGGGUGGUGUACAUGUUGGACCGUGAAUUCUCUGCUCUAAUUGGCGCACCAAGCUCUAUUCGUGACGAAGACAUUACGGUGAGGUUGCCAGCGGAAAUGGAUGAUUCCGUGGAACAUAUCAACUUGACAUUACAUGUUCGACUUUCGCGUCUGAUGGCUCGAAUACUGACAACUGUUUACGGGGUUGGCAACGAAAACGAUGACACUCUUGUUCGGAGUACACAGUCAAUUCUCCACAGCAUGGCAGAGCUUUCGAAUGAUCUCACAGCAUUCCUGAAUACUCAUUUCCAUGGUUUAAUCAGUCGAGCUUCAAAGAUGGCGAUAAGACUGAUGCUGGCGCAUCAUCAUUGUGUGGUCCUCACAACUCGACCCUUGGUGAUGUGCGCAUUGCAUAUGCACAUAGAGCGAACCGAGAGACAGACAUUGCAAAACAUUUCGUUGGCGCAUCCUGUUGCGUCUCUGUUGCAAUGCUGUGCCGAGUCUGCGCAAACAAUUCUACAAACACUCCGUACACUGGCAGAUGAUGACUUGAUGGACGCCUUUUUACCAUUCCAAAUCGAAGAUGCCUCAUCUUCUGCGUUUGUUUUGUAUUUAAUACGCGCGAUUGCCCCAUCACUUAUAUCCAACGACUCAUGGUGUGAGAACUUAGAAUGCGUGUUGGACAAACUUAUUGCAAAGGGGAAUAUAGCCGCACCACUGCGAAAACUAGAACUGAGACAACUAGAGCAAAUACUGGCACCCUUAACGCCACGACUGGCUAAUCAUGCUCUACCCGCAGUGGGCCUGGGUGAUGGUAGUGAACAUCAUGAUGAGUCUUAUGCGUUCGACCAGGAUGAAUUCGAGUGGGAUAUGCUUGCACUGAAUUCCUCGGUCAGUCUUCCACCUCGAGAAUUGCUUGAUCUCGCGGAUCAGCUUGAUAUGGAAAGUAUCAUGCAGUCGGUUGGGGCUUGA